ACACAAACGGUGACACGUUUUCUGCCUGCGAUACAGGAUGAAUCCAGCAUGACUAAUUCUGUCAACGGCGCUUUGACACCUCUCCCAAGCCAAGACCAUGCAGGGCUUUGAGGGGUCAAUGAUCAUUUUACUCAGGGUGUUUGUUGGUAGUGAGCUGCACACUCAUUUUCGGGUUUUAAGAGAGAGACAACAAGAGAGACAAAAAGUCGGGAAUAAGAGAGAAAAUCCGGUGGGACUGCCGUGUGCCAAGGACAUUGUUCCUCUUUUUUCCUCCCCAAUAGGAAUCCACACGUGCUACAUGCUGCUUGCUGCUUGCUGCAGUUUAGAAUUGAACCUACAGUUGCACACAACCAUAACGGCACGUCAAUGCAUGAUGUAACGUGGGAGACUGUUAUUCAAUGGCCAAGAGAA